ACGAUUCCUUGUCGAGACGACGUUUGAUGUCUCUCGUCCAGUGAAAAGGGAGAUUGUAGCUCGGUCAAUUUUACGUGUGCGGUCGAUGACGGUGUGCGCCGAAGAGACCGAAAAAACCGACGGCUAAUAACAGUAUUAAUAAAAACCAAAUGGGGGCAAAUUGUGUAAAAAUCGUGCUGUGCGUAAAAAUAUAGAAAAAGAUGGAAAAGAUAGCGAUUUUGACGCUGCAAAAAACGAGUGAGCAAUGUCAUGGGGAUUUCACCACGACGCGGGGCGUUGCGACACAAUGAUAAAAGUUAUGAAAAAUGAUUUCUGCACAUCUAUGGGGACUGUACCACAAAGAGAAAACCCAGAAUGGUCAGCAGCACAAGGCUACCCAUUCAGCAUUAAAAGUCCUUUACAUAUUCACCACUCCUACUAGUACCGAUACCUCUAUAAAAGAGAAGAGCGUACUCAGUAUAAUUCCAUUCACGAUUGUACCGUUCUCGAGCCAACCGGUUGUUCAGAUUACUUUGAGAAAUGUUGUAUCUACUCUUAUUGGCCGGUUUGACCAUCGUCAGCGGAGAAAAUCCUUUCCAACCGUUAUUCUCAUGGAAAAAAUUGGAUUGGAGUUUUCCGAACGAUGAAUUGCGGGAGAGUUACGAAACUUCUGGUCGUUUUUCACCAACGAGCAAUCUUCCGCUCGGUGUUAACAUUUGGCACGACAAAUUGUUCGUAACGGUCCCUAGAUGGAAGAAGGGUGUCCCAGCUAAUCUAAAUUACAUCGAUCUCAAUGAAACAAUUGCUCAAGCCGAUAAAUCGCCACGGCUGACUCCUUAUCCCUCUUGGGAAGACAACGAUAUUAACUCUGAAAAUGGAAUCGUCAACAUCUUGCGAAUGAGGAUCGAUGCGUGCGAUCGUAUGUGGGCGGUUGACAGCGGAGUAGAUGACAUUUGGGGCGAGUUCAAAGCCGUUCAACCGCCCAAGCUGAUUGUUAUUGAUUUACCGACAAAUAAGAUUAUCCACAGGUACACAUUCAAGGACAGUGAUUUAACUCACAACAGUUUCUUCGCGGACAGUAUUGUCGAUGUCGAUCCAAAAAACUGUGAUGAUGCUUACGUCUACAAUUCCGAUUUGGGUGGCUGUGGAUUAGUAGUGUAUAGUCUUGCCAAGAAUGAUUCUUGGCGUAUACAACAUAACUAUUUUUCUUUCGAUCCCUUGAACGGAGAUUACAAUGUCAACGGAAUUGAAUUCCAAUGGACAGACGGUCUCUUCGGUCUGACGCUAAGUCCUCCGUUUGCUAAUGGUUCUAAAACCCUUUAUUUCCAUGCUAUGUCGAGUACAACCGAGUUUGCUGUAUCAACGGAUCUAAUCAAGGACCAACAGAGUCUUGCUAAACGUGACUAUUACCAAAAGUUCUGGGUUGUCGGAGAUAAAGGAAGAAAUAGUCAAGGAACUUCGAUGACAUUGGAUCCGGAAACUGGUAUAAUUUAUUUCACCCAACUGAACAAAAACGCUUUAGCGUGCUGGGACACCCACAUGGACCUUAACCCCAACACUUUCCGUAUCGUGGCACAAGAUAAUACGACCAUGAUUUUCCCCAAUGACCUUGCUCUCGAUCUCUCGACACGGAAACUCUAUCUUCUCACCGAUGACUUAGCAACGUUUCAGUACUCAGAAUUCGAUUGGAAUCGCACCAACUUCUACGUACAUGUCGCCUCGCUUGACGACUUGGCUAAAGAAUGCAAAAAGAAUUCCAGCUGAAGAGGAGUGAGAAGCAAAUGAGCUCAAGAUGACAAAAGAUUUCGAACGGUCUGCUUGAGUCGGAGAAUGUUCAUCGUCAAACAGUGGGGAAACAUUUCAUCCUCAGCAGGCUGCCACGUUUUCAUCUUUUCUCUGUAUUUUUCCGUGAUUUUUUUUCAAGACUCAAUAGAUUUCUUUUUUCUAAAUAUAUGUUUUUUUUUUCACCAACCGUCUCCCAAAAAAAUAGUUCUUUUUUUCCCGUUUCUAGAUAGUUGUAGCACCUUGAGUAAAUGUACAAAUUUUUCGUGAGAUUCACUAUUCUAUAUCAGUGACCACACAGUUCAAACACAUGCAUGUAGUUUUACCUUACCAGGAGUUCGCGGUUCUGCAAGCAAGCUCCAUUUCCUGCUUUAGUAAUUACGGCUGUUAAAGAUCAGGGGUAGUAAAAACACAUCAUUAUCACACAUUAGCUUCUCGGAAGACGCUAUAUAUUUCAACUUUACAUUUUGUUUCUUUCCAUUGAUGUACUAUACUAAAACAAAACGUCCACUCUCGCUCUUUUUGUCUUUCUCUAAUAUUCACCAUAUAAAUAUACAUGAUCCAUAAAAUGCUAUAUUUUUAAAUUGCCAUGCAACUGCGAAUUCUUUUCCUCCUUUCCAUACAUUACACUCAUGGAUACAGCAGUGCCUGUUCCAUCUUAUUUUUUAAAUUCAUUUUUGUUUAGUUCGUAUUGAAUGCUUCUUCGAAUCCGUUACUUGAACUCGACUGGAAUUUUUGACGUUUAAACUAUUUGACACGGUUUCUCCUUUUACAAGAAAGCUUUGUUAGUUUUCACAGAAGGGCGGCAAAAAUCAGCUGGCAAAGCUUUGCUGUAUUAGGUAGAAGGAUGUAGUGAAAUUUCGUUUUUGGCAUUUGUAGCCAUUUCUCUAUCACGCUAUACGCUAACGAGCUACCGACUGAUUCAUACCUUUUAAUUUACAAAACCUCGUUAUUAUAAGUGAAUCAUAAAGUUAUUCACACAUUGUAGUAUUUAUUUUUCGUCCCGAGUCGGAAUAUUGUUUAUUAUUAUAUUAAUGGAUGCUUUUAUGUAUAAACUUCUGCUGUCCUGAAGCAUGCUUCGUGUAAAUGAAUCAACUAUGAACUAUCUCUUUCUCCCUCAUGUCCUGUCACAUGGAAACGAAUGUAGUCACAUGUUUUUUUUUCGGCUGCAUAUGAAUGCACAUUCGUAGAAAUGCAUUUAUAUUCUCUCACUAUUAAAAACAAUACUUUUCCCGAUGCAUACUGCUACAUCAUGAUUAGUAACCCCUGACCUAAUGAAAUACCUAUUAGAUACAAAGUAAGAGAAAAUGUAGUACACAGAAAAAUAAGUCUCCCUUUUUAAAAACAAAUAUCAUAUCAACGCAUAAAAAUUAUCGAGGCAAGGCAAAAGUGGCUGCCCAACUUGAUAAAAUCACUGUACACCGUUAGUAUACACUCACCCAGCUCAUUAUACUAAGACACUAUGAUACACGCUACACGGAUAGACUCACCCAGCUCACCAUACUAAGACACUAUGAUACACGCCACACGGAUAGACUCACCCAGCUCAUCAUACUAUAAGACACUAUGAUACACGCCACACGGAUAGACUCAUCUUUAUCACAUUUAUAAGAGACGUGUAUUGCGGUCAAAGAAUAUUGUUACAUACUAACCAUUUAUUGAACGCAAUAGAAAAAAAAGGAAGUGAAAAAAAUAAUAAUAAUAACAUUGCUUUUACAUAGUAUGCCCACCAAAACUCGGGAAGUUGAUAAAGAAAUAAUUAGGUCCCCUUCAUAUGUGUCAACAGUAUCGGGGAAAUGAAGUUCAAAUAAAGCGACAGAUAAAGA